AUGUUAGGAGUCAACUGUUCGUUAUUACUAUUAAAUGUAAAAUUAAACCGUAUUACAGAUCAUGGUAUGAGCAAAAUGUGUAAUAAUUUGAAAUUAAAUAAAUCAUUAAACGAACUUUGUGUAAGUAAUAAUCAAAUAACAACAGAGAGUAUAAUUAAAAUGAGUAAAACAUUAAUGGUAAAUAGGGCAUUAAAAAAUCUUGAUUUUAGCCAUAAUCAAAUAGUUGGAAAUAAUCAUAUUCAUCAAUUAUUAAGUGUGCUUGAAUCAUUAGAUUUAAGUUACAAUAAAUUGGGUAAUGAUUGUCUUCAAACAAUCCAAACAUUUUUAUCAAAUAAAACCACACUUUCAUUAAUAAAAUUAAAUUUUGUAUCAAAUGAUAUAUCAAAUGAUGGUGCAAAAUACUUAUCUAAAAUUCUAACGGAAACAAAUUUCUUAACAUAUUUGAAUAUUGGAUAUAAUAAAAUAUCUGAUCAGGGUGCUAAAUUGCUAGCAGAUGCAUUAGUAAAAACUGAAAGUUUACAAUAUUUUUCCAUCAGAUGUAACCAUAUGUCAUCUAGUGGUAUUGGUUAUUUAAUUAAAUCAUUAGAACAAAAUGAUACAAUAUUAGAAUUUGAUAUUGGUAUGAACGAAAUAUCUGACGAAAAUAUAGAACAAUUACAGAGAAUAUUAUUAAUCAAUAAUACAUUAACGACAUUAGAUUUAACACAUUUAAGUUAA